AUGUCGGCGCCGUGCCUGCGCCUGCCCGCCGCCGGGUCAGCACCGGCGGAGGCGGACAGCGCCGGCGGCAUGGAGCUGCCCGCCGCCGCCGCCGGGGCCGCCACCCUGGAGCUGGCCCUGGAGGAGGAGCUGGCGCUGCUGGCCGCAGCCGGGGAGCCGCCGGAGCCGCCGCCCGCCGCCGCUGCCCGCGACCCCGAGCUGCUCUCGCUGAUCCGGCAGAAGGAGAAGGACCUGGUGCUGGCGGCGCGGCUGGGCAAAGCGCUGCUGGAGCGCAACCAGGACAUGAGCCGCCAGUACGAGAGGAUGCACAAGGAGCUCACCGACAAGCUGGAGCACCUGGAACAAGAGAAACAUGAACUGAGGAGGCGAUUUGAGAACAGAGAAGGAGAAUGGGAAGGAAGGGUGUCUGAACUGGAAAGCGAUGUGAAGCAGCUGCAGGAUGAGCUGGAGAGGCAGCAGGUUCACCUGCGGGAAGCUGACCGUGAGAAGACACGGGCUGUCCAGGAACUCUCCGAACAGAACCAAAGACUCCUGGACCAGCUCAGCAGGGCGUCGGAGGUGGAGCGGCAGCUCUCCCUGCAGGUCCACACGCUCCGGGAGGACUUUCGGGAGAAGAACUCCUCCAGCAGUCAGCACAUCGUGCGGCUUGAAAGCCUCCAAGCCGAGAUCAAGAUGCUGACGGACAGAAAGCGGGAGCUGGAGCAUCGCCUUAGUGCCAUGAUGGAGGAGAAUGACCUGCUCCAGGGAACUGUGGAGGAGCUGCAGGACCGAAUUCUCAUCCUGGAAAGACAAAGCCAUGACAAGGACCUGCAGCUGCACCAAAGCCAGCUGGAGCUCCAGGAGGUGCGCCUGUCCUACCGGCAGCUGCAGGGCAAGGUAGAAGAGCUCAGUGAGGAGAGAAGUCUCCAAAACUUCAAUACAACCAGCACAUCCCUGCUGUCUGAGAUAGAGCAGAGCAUGGAGGCAGAGGAGCUGGAACAAGAACGAGAACAGCUGAGGCUGCAGCUCUGGGAAGCAUAUUGCCAAGUGCGGUAUCUUUGCUCCCAUCUCAGAGGAAAUGACAGUGCAGACUCAGCAGUCUCUACAGACUCCUCCAUGGAUGAGUCUUCAGAAACAUCAUCAGCCAAAGAUGUUCCAGCCGGCAGCCUACGGGCAGCGCUCAGCGAGCUGAAAAGACUGAUACAAAAUGUGCUGGAUGGGGCAGACUCCACGAGCUCUCGGCGAAGCGACGAUGAUACCUUAGAGGAGCAGAUCAGGAGAACAAGCGAGGACUCACGAGCCCUGAGGGAAUUAAUGGAGGGAGAACGAGGGAAACUGAGGCAGAGUUUGGAGGAACUGCAGCGACUGCACAGCCAGGUCACACUACUGAGUGUAGAAAUGACAACACUGAAGGAGGAACGGGACCGGCUACGAGGUGCUGCUGAAGACAAGGAGACAAGUGAACGGCUCCUGCAGGCCAUCAGGGAUCGAGAUGAGGCCAUUGCCAAGAAGAACGCGGUGGAGGUGGAGCUGGCCAAGUGCAAGAUCGACAUGAUGUCCCUCAAUAGCCAGCUGCUGGAUGCCAUCCAACAGAAGGUGAACCUCUCGCAGCAGCUGGAGGCCUGGCAGGAUGACAUGCACAGGGUCAUUGACCAGCAGCUGAUGGACAAACACCCGAAGGAAUGGAGCCAGCUUGCUUAUUCCUUCUCCAGUGGCUCUGGCACAAAGCGGAGUGCCAGGCCCUCCCCCGUGUUCAGGCCGGAGCAGCAGGGGGACGAGCCCACUGCGGCAGAAGGGAACCGUCUCUUUUCCUUUUUCAAGAAAAAUUAAGUUGAAAAAGAGAAACCUCUCCAACGAUUCCUGCUUCCAGAUGGGGAGUGGGGCAGCUGCCCAGCUUGCUGCUGGACCCAACUCUGAUCCACCAAGGAAAAAAGAAGGGGGCAAAGGAGUUAACCCUUGAGACUCUGCACUAUUUACACCGCACCUGGUCUGAACCAAAUGUUUACAUGAAUUGGAGAUUAGCAAAUUGACAAUGUGAUACUAAUAGAGAGACACUUUUCUUUAAGUGAAGUGAUAAACUUCAGGGUAUAUUGUAGGCGCUUUGACACAGUCCAGUUUCUGCUGUGAAGAAUAUGUCUUAAAAGCAUUCUCAUGCUGGAGAAGGAAAUAAGCAGCCCCAAGACAAAGCAGCACAGGGGACUGAGAACUGCUGUGGCAGCGAGCACAGGGGGAAGAAGAAGGCUGAAUGCAAGAGGAGAGGGGAGUCACUUGUACCACCUUCUGGUCCUGGCAGCUGUGAUAUCUUUCAUCCAUUCCACCAAGACCGGAGUUGCUCUGGCCCCAGCAUUCCAAUGUUUUGACAAGUGUAGCUUUCUCCAUGGUGGAAGUUGAGUCCUCAUUGAAUAUCCUGUCACCUCCCCUGCAGCUCUGCGUAGCUGUUCCCCACCUCGCUGGGAAUCCAGGCUCCUCACAGAUCAGGGCAGUUGUAAGAUUGCUGAUGUUACUGUCUUUUCUAGCUCCCUCCUCUUACAGAGAUGAGAGUUGCAGAGUCUGUAGCUACACAGAAUGUUAAGGAUUUCUUUCCCAGACUGACUAUCCACAGUGAAUUACAGACUGGAUAAAAGUUGUGGAUGCUCAGUCCUGGGGCACCUGCUGUCCCUCCAAUGGCCAAAGUUAGCUGUGGAGCUUCAGCAAGUCACACACCUUUCCCCAAAGCUAUGUACACCCCCCAAUCAGAGUAGGAAACCUGUUAUUUUAAUUGGAUAGGCACCAAAAAAGCCUAAUUCACUGAAAGCCUACCCAUGAUAUCCGUCGGUCUUUGUUGCUGGGCCAGCAGUCUUGAUCCUAAAGAAGGCAUUCAGGCAUCUUCUUUAACUGAAGCCAAGGGCCUACAAAGCUCUGGAAACCCUGCAGCUUCCUCUGCUCCAUGCACUAACAUUAGCUAUGGCCUGACAAAAAUGAUGGGUAUCUGUCCCUGCCUGUGGGUCAUUUAUUACUCAGUCCUUCAGUGAGCAGGUAGCCAAGUCUCCUGUCGAAAGUGAUCAGAGCCUGCUUUGCUGUCAGCAUAACUUGAUCAGCAAGAAGGAACGUAGCUUAUUUGGUGUAUGCAUACAAUGGUGCUGGAAAUCCUGCAAUACUUUAGUAGAAACCUUCCCUAUGCACUGGAUGGGCACCCUACAGCUCUGCUCUGUAGCAUAGUCUACCAUCAUAAACCAGCAAGGACUGCCAGCCUAAGCUCAGACACAUCCUGCUGCAGUCAUCCAGUUCUUAGACACUCUCCCAGCUCACUAUACCCACAGGCCCCAGUUUGUUUCCCUGUUGCUUUAAAGAGGCUGCCACCUACACUGUCCCAUAGGAGAUGGAGCUCGGUACACAUUCAGCUCUGCCCUGCUCUGCAACUUAGGUGCUAAAACACCAUCCUACAGGGAGCUGCUAUCCCGGCUCACAACUUACAGCAACAAGCUUUCUGCUAGAAUUAGGUAUCAAACACCUUCUUCUAAGUAGCAGGUAAGAGGUUGGUGGCUUGGGGUUUUUUUUCUUAUUUUUAUUCAACUUUUCUAUGGGAUAGAACAUCCAUUAUACCUCAGUACAAAUAUCCUUUCUGCCUACAAAGAUUUGAGCAUUCCCCUGUUUCCUUGUUAGCAUGAAACUACCACAUUGGUAUGAAAUCAUCAUGCACUAAGGCAACUCCAUGUUGCAAGGAGCAGAGUACUUUUGGGGAUUGAAAAUGAUGGUAAAAAGCCAAGUGGUAAAACCCCUUUACUUGAAAGCAAUGAAACCUGGAUUGCAGAUCCUGCUCCAGGAAAGACUUAGCAAAGCACCACCAAUACAGCUUGAUGCUUACUGGAAAAGGAAUCUGGAGUCUCACAAGCAGGGAAGGAAAAGGAAUCUUAGCUUCUCCUUGAGCAGUGCUCAACUGUUGAGUAUCUGCUAGUGUCUCCUUGUGCAAGUGAUGGAAAGGGAUGUAGCGCAGUGCCAAGCGUGCCUGCAGGAUGGCAAGUCCUCAUACUCCCGUCUUACCUAUGUUGUGAGGCUCAGUAAGGCAGAGACACAAGGCACACACUCAGCAUCUGCUGCUGUCAGGACUCAAGCUAUGCCCAUGUGCAUUAACACAAAGCUUUGAUACCUGAAAAGUCAGGCGUGGGUUCCUGGAUGCCAGCGAUGCCCGUGAACAGUUAUAUUACACACUGCUUGAUGCUCUGCUUAUUUUGGGAGACCAUCUUCUUUCUGCUGUCAGUUGUCAUUUCCCAGGCCUCAGCAGCUCUCUUCAGGCCACAUGCCCAGCAGCCGUAUGGGACUCUACGCCCAUGAGGAUGUACUACCUAUGUAUGCAAUCCUAAGGCAAAGGCCUUAUGUUAUCCCAUGAAGAUGCAGUAAUGAGAUGAAGAAAGGUGCCUUCUGCUACAUGCUUGCUGAAAGUGACUCAUUCAGUUGCAGGGGUAGGCAGUUGAAAUGCACAGCAUAUCUCUUCAUUUAAGGAGGAACCUACCUUAAUCCCAUUGCAGUUUUAUUUAUUUAAUAACAGUGAUGGAAGAGAUUGCAAGAGGAAAGUCAGCAUGUUCUACGGUGCCAGUUGGGUAUGGUUUCUUAAAACUAGCCCCUUAACACUGAAGACUUAGUUGCACUACUAAACCCAGAAAUACAAGAGAAUCGGGUUUAAUGAACUGGACAACACACCAAAGGAGACCUCCUUGUGCUGAGCUGCUACUCAACAGGAAUAGAAACUGCCUUAACAUAGCAGCUAGGUUUUGUUGUUCUGUCUUGAAAAACUUCAUCAGUGCAGUCCUUCACGUUCUCAUUUGUCAUGUUGUGUUUUAACAAGAUCCUGACUAUUUCACUUUGAGCUGUCAUUGAAACACUCAUCUAAAUCCUGUUACAGCCAGGAGUAUGGGAUCAUCCUUGUGAGCAUUGGGUUGGAAGACAUGCCACACGUGAUACUUGAUGUUUCCAGGACAGAUGUGGCAUAAAGGAAACAUAAGCCCCACUGAAUGAGAUGGAGGAAGCACAUCAAUCCAGCAAGUACUCAGGAUCCCAAAGUAGAUUAAGAAGUGGGAUCAGCAGGAUACAACACUCAGCCUUGGUUUUCAGAUAACUGUUAAUAAAACAGUAGUGCUGCACGGUCACUGUUCAAAUACUGCACAGAGAAGAGAUGCUGCUGAGAUUAGGGUUAGAAAGAACUUUCCCACAAUGAAGUAACAGGUUGACUGUUUGGGCAAAUGUUUAUGACAAUGGCCCAAGGGAAAAGGGAUCCGUUUUCCUUUAGUAAACUCUGUAAGGGAAGCAAAUGUACACAAGAAGCAAGUGUAAAUGAAAGGCAAGUCACUAGCACUUUAUCUUAAUACAAACUUGGAUCAGCAACUUGCCCUUGAAAUGAAAACAGAUCAUUAAUGACAACAGAAUAAUCUUGCACAGAGAAGCAACAAGGGAGGUUACAGGCAGUGCUGCAUGCACAAGGACUUGAUAGCUGUAAACACUUGUCCUACUUAGAAUGGUGAAUUCUAGCUAUGCCUUUACACCAGGCAAACUCUCUGCUCCCCACUCAACUAUGAAAAGCAAGAUUGUUUUAACCAAAAAGCCAAGAAAGGAAGUGUCUGGGUGCUGCAGCAAUGAUUCCCUUCAAAUGAGAGGGAAAAAGCACACAGCAGGGACAAGCAGAAAGAAUGUAUCUAUAGAUAUGUACAUAAAUCACAGUGCUGUAAUUUUUGUAUGUAGCAGUAAUGUAAAUACAUGUAUGGUUUUUAUAAGAUACAUAUUAUAAAAAUCUAUAAAGGCAUAUUUUUAGUAAAAACAAUGAUCUACUUCUUUUGUAAAUAGUUCUCUUCAGAAUAAAACUGAUCAUUUAUA